CGCUUCACCCCAAAAGGGAAAAAAAAGGAAAUAUAACACCUUCUUCUCUUCCCUUCUCUCUCUCCCCCCGCACCGCCCUCAUUUCAGUGUCUUCAUGGAACCGAACCGCGUGAUGAUCCGCACUUGCAACGGCAAUGAGAUGCGGGAGAAUUUCUACCGGCCAUCCUUCGAAGACCCGCUCUACAAGCACACCGAGGCGCCCAACCUGCCCUACGACACUCCUCUGCCCAGGGACGAUUUCUCGCCGAUGACCGACGGGCCCUACUCCACCACCUGUCGCAUCCACGGCUCCACCAACAUCCACGACGACGGCUACGCCCUCGAGAACUCCGACAAGAGUCCCACCUUUCGACCCUUCCAGCACAACCUCCCCCACUGCUCGCCCGAGGUCCACCGCACGUGCUGGUGCGUCAACUUCAUCGCCGAGCACACAAGACUCAAGGAGGAUUCGACGAAGGUGAAGGAGGACUGGAAGUACGUGGCCAUGGUGCUGGACCGGCUGUUCCUGUGGAUCUUCACCCUGGCAGUGCUGGUGGGCACGGCCGGCAUCAUCCUGCAGGCGCCUUCGCUCUACGACGACCGCGUCCCCCUGGACAAGAAGCUCAGCGAGGUGGUCCGAUCUCAUCCUUCCAAUAACUAAUCACGCGCCGCGGUUAAGGAGCGCUUCUCGGGAUUGUUUUGUUUUUGCCUGGAGCGAGGUGCCAAUGAGGAUUUUUCAUCAAGGUUGUCAUAGUGUUAUUAAAAUCAUUAUUAUUAUCUUUUUCUUCCAAAGAUUUUUUUUUCUUUUGGUAUUCAAAUGCGUUACUGUGCGAAAUCAUCUUUCUUUGUUUUUAUAUAUAAACAUUACUAAGAGUAUGUCAUGGAGAAAAAUAAAAUCAUAUUAGCUUUAUUUUUAAGGUAAUUCGGAGUGCGAGGAGAUUGGAGAAUCCUGAUCCAUGAGUUUCCCAGUUGUUUGGAUAUUAUAUCAUAUAUAGAUAGACUCGGUAAUGUAAAUGCAAAAGAGUUUUACAUUAGAUUGUUGACGCAUAUGAAAUACAUUCAUAUAUAGCAUAAGAAGCGUCCUCACCUAUUGACAUUUAUCAGUCUAUUUUUCAUCUCUACUUGUUUUUAGCAUAAUCAUUAUGAACAGGAUGCUCAUUUUAACAUGUUAAAAUGAUGCGCA